AUGAAAGUUGCUCGAUUAAUUCCAAGUCAUCAAGCUGAUCUGUUAAAUAUAACACUUCGACUUUUACUUAAUUUAUCAUUUGAUCGUGAUAUUCGUGCACAAAUUGUUCGUAUUGGUUUGCUACCAAAAUUAGUCGAUUUAAUCGAUGAUGAGAAUCAACGCUUGAUUUGUUUGUGUUUAUUGUAUCACUUAAGUAUGGACGAUCGAACAAAAGGUUAUUUUACAUAUACAAAAUGCAAUCAAAAUUUAAUGAAAUUAAUUAUUGACUGCAAAGAAGAACGUACUGAACCUGAAGUUAUUGCAUUAGCAAUUAAUCUCGCAUUGAAUCCAGGUUGUGCCGAACAACUAUUAGAAUAUAAACAUGGCAAAGGUCUAAAAUUAUUGAUGAAAAAAGCUUAUAAAUAUAAGGAUUCAUUAAUAAUGAAAAUGAUUAAAAAUAUAUCAUCACAUGCUUCGCCGGAUAUUAAAAGUCAAUUUGUUCCAUAUGUCGGUCCGUUGGGUGAAACAUUAAUUACAGAAAAAGAUGAAGUAUUUCUUACGGAAGCUGUUGGUACAUUAGCUAAUUUAACAAUGCCCGAUAUUGAUUAUCAAGCCUUAAUGGACGAAUAUGGUCUUGUUGAAUGGAUUAAAUCAAAAUUGAAACCAAAUUCAGCUGAUACUGAGUUGACAUUAAAUGUUGUUGUACUUGUUGGUACACUUUGUGCUGACGAUGCAUGCGCUGAAGUUCUUGCUAAAAGUGAUAUUAUUCAAAUUCUUAUUGACCUUCUGCACGCACAACAAGAAGAUGAUGAAAUUGUCUUGCAAAUAUGUUAUGUCUUCUAUCAACUUUGUUUUCAUAAAUCAACUCGUAAUGUGAUUAUUAAAAACACCGAGGCUCCGGCUUAUUUAAUUGAUCUGAUGCAAGAUAAAAAUAAAGAAGUUCGACGUGUCUGUGAUAUGACACUUGAAAUAAUUAGUGAAUGCGAUAAUGAUUGGGCAGGCCGCAUUAAACAUGCUCGUUUUCGUAAUCAUAAUCAAACAUGGCUUGAAACAAUUGAAGGGCAACAAAUUUCAUAUGAAGAUGAUGAACCAUCACCAACGGGUAAUGCUGAACCUUAUGGUUUUGAUCCAAUGUCAUUUGGUGAUCAAGAUGAUUAUCAAGAUCAAUUUGGUUAUAAUGAAGGAGAUGGCUAUCCCUUAGAUGGCCGAGAAUCACCAGAUAUGAACCAUUGGAAUUCAAUCAACAGUGGCGGUGAUAUGGACAUUGAUAGUAAACCGUUUGCACAACCAGAAUCGACUAAUACUAAUAAUCGAAAUACUAAUCGUUCAGGAACUAACACUACAACUAUGGGCAGACGUGGUGUUCGUGAAUAA